CUCUCUCGUGCUAUCACUGUAAUUCGUUCAAAGAUCCCGACUGUUCAGGAACGAGCCUCGACAAGUUCAAGGCUGCGUGUCCAGCAAAUUCGGUUGGAUGUAGGAAGAUCCAGUACAAAAUGGAAUUGCCAGGUACCAGCUCAGUAGAAGAGCGCAUCGUGCGACAGUGCUCCAAGAGCAGACGUGAUGCGGACUGUAUCUCCGUGUACGGAACCAAUGGGAAACGCUACAAACAGUUCACUUGUGAAUGCAAUGGCGACUACUGUAAUCAGUCGACUCGGUCCAGACCACUGGCUUUGCUUGUUUGUGUUAUCGCCAUGGUAACUUUGUUUAUGCUUGUCUAA